GUCCCGUUUACAGCAACAAAUCCGCGUAAUUCACUUGCCUUUGUUCAUUUGACUCGGCGCUUAGCGGUUCAGUUACAGUUACUUUCUGCCUGUGUGUGUGUGUGUGCGUGUUUCGUCCUGGAAAAUUUGAUUACGCGUAGAACAUAUACAACAUAUGUAGAUCCUGGUUCAAGGAUAAUCACAACAAUUUUUCAAACCCGUCGGUAGUGUUUGUACAAAAAAAACGAAAUACCAUUCUUUAACAAGAUAAACAUAGAAGUUCUUGAAAAAAACGAUUUUUGUUAUUGUUAAACCAGAGUUCCAAGUGCAACAUGUUCAAAAUGGGCCAGAUAGCUCAAAACCUGGCCUAAAACAGUUUGCAAAUCCCAUUAGAGCAUUGAAAAGCAGUGAAUACUGCACAUCCAUCAAAAUGCAGAGCUCCAAAUCUUUUUUAAUACGCGAUCUCCUUGGGGAUUUAAUCAAUCGACGACAAACAGAUUCGGAACUCGAGCUUUCCAACGACGACUCGGACAUAGACAUCGAAGAUCGAUCCACGCCGGACUCGAGUGCCGCGGGCGGCCAGCAGGAUCUCCUGCUGUCGCACCACCACCGCAGAUUCACCCACCACGACGACUCCAGUGUGGAGUCCUGCUUGUCGGCCACUCGGGGCCCAGGAUCCGGAUCCGGAUCGGGGGGAGGAUCUGGUGGUGGAGUUCCCAGCGGACUGAGUGCAGCUGCGGCGGCGGCGGGCGUGGCCGCUGGUCUCUUGGCAGCGGCGGCCAGUAAUGCAGGCGGAGAUCGGGAUCGGGAUCCCAAUGGUGGCAGUGGGCCGGGAGCGGGCGGAGGCGCCAGUGGCGGCUAUGCGGAGCACAAGCUGCAGAUGAGCAAGAGCGGCCGGAAGCCGCGACGCCGCCGCACCGCCUUCACCCACGCCCAGUUAGCCUACUUGGAGCGCAAGUUCCGGUGCCAAAAGUACCUGAGCGUGGCCGAUCGCAGUGAUGUGGCCGAAACGCUCAAUCUCUCCGAGACACAGGUGAAGACCUGGUACCAGAACCGUAGGACCAAGUGGAAGCGACAGAAUCAACUGCGCCUGGAGCAGCUGCGUCAUCAGGCGACCAUGGAAAAGGACUUUGUGGUGCAGGAUGGCGGCGGUGCCGGCGGUCUGGGCUGUUGUCCCAGCGGACUGAGCAGUUCAUUUAGUGCCGCUGCUGCCGCCGCCGCGGCUGCCAGCAAUCCGUGCAAUUUUCUCACUUCCGCCGCAGCGGCGGCCAUUUUCCGGAACGUCGGCUACGUCCACGGAUGUCCCAUGUAGGAGUCUGGUCUCCCUUAAAAAAAAAUAUAAAAAAAACAAAGCAAACCACCUUCCAGUCCCAAUCCUCCCAGUUGCCUAUGUACAUAAUACGUAUAAAGAAAACAGUUUUUGUGCAAUAAUCGAUCGGGAUGAAUUAUUGAAAUAGCAGCGAUGUGCUCAUAUUUACCAAGCGUACCCGAUAUUAUAUUAUACGUACUUAUCGAUAUAAUCAUAAACUAAGCAUAGUCGAAUUAACUGUAAUAUACAACAAUCAAAUCUUUUUUUUUCGCCGCACUCUAUGA